AUGGAUUACAUAGAAGGUGAUUUGUUUUCCUGUAUAGUGACUGGUGAUAUUCGGCGCCUCAAGGUUUUCGUCGGAAAAGGUUUGAGUGUUAACCACGUGUUUCGCUCAACGGAGUUUCCCGAAAGACUGGGCAGGACGCUGUUGGAGAUAGCAGUCCGCGAAAAACAAACCGAUGUGAUCCAGUUCCUCGUGGAGAAGGGAUGCAAUGCAAAUUUAACCUAUGUUGUGAGUGUGUCCGAAAUUGGUUAUAUUAUAAAACCGUACAGAAAUCCGGACCGCUUGAAGAUCACGGUUCUGUUCAGCUGCAUCGUGCAAGGUGAUGUUGAAACUAUACGGUUGUUAGUUCAAGGCGGAUUUGAUGUGAAUGUGGUUGAUGACAGAGGUUGCAGUGCGAUCUGGCAUGCUGUCGACUUGGCAAACUAUGAGAUGGUUAAGGUUAUGUUAUGUGCCAAGGGCAGCGACGUCAAUCUCCCAGACAGAACCAAACUACGACCUCUGCACAUCGCGGCCAUCCAUGGAAACACAAAGAUACUGACACUUUUGCUGAGACACGACGCCGAGGUGGACGCUGUCCAGGUACGAGGUUCAACGGCGUUGUGUUUGGCGAGUCGCAGAGGCGAUUUAGACAGUGUUCGAUACUUAUUGCUGAACGGGGCGGACCCCAACCACGUGGAUUGUCAAGGACACACUCCUCUGUCGUCUGCAAUUCGAGGAAUCUCUGACGUCAGAGUUGUGAGUUUACUGAUUGAUGCCGGUGCUCGAGUCACCAUGGGGAUAAUACAGGCUUGUCAAGACGAAAAUCCACUCCUUGUAAAAGAACAUCCAAAUGUCUUCAGUCAGCUUCGAACAUUAUCCUGCAGACCUCAGACGUUACAGAUGUUGUGUAGUUUGAAAAUACGACGUUGUCUUAUGAAAUCGUCUCGUAAACUUGAUUUGUUGCGAAAAUCGUGCCACUUACCAUUGCCAAAAGCUUUACGGGAAUAUGUUAUCCUUAGUCAUCUAUGCUGA